GACCUUCUUAUACUAUCCACCAUAGAAAUACCGAGUCUCUCUAUUCUAUCUUAUCCAAAGUCUACCAUAUUUCUCCGAUAUUUGAUAGUUUCUUGUCUCUAAAUUAUCUCGCCAGUCGUCUGACAUUCUCUUGACUCGAUAAUUGUUUCCAUCUCUACGGUGGUGACAUUUAUCAAGGCGCGAUGGAGGUGUUCGUGAGAAACGUGCCAGUUCAGACUGGAGAGCACGAUUUUCGGAAUUUUCUCAGACCGAGGGUCAAUAGUCUCGCAAUUCGUGCAUUUCAUUGUCAUACUGCGCGAGGCAACAACUUUGCGAAAAUCACCUUUCGGACGGCUACAGAUGGGGAAAAGUUUCUGCGCAAGUUCGGGGAACGAAGACCAAACAAUAGACAACGAAAUCCAAGAGCUAGUCAGCCAAAGCUUAUUUACCACAGUACGCCGAUUUAUUGUGAGAAGAGCAAUCAGGUUGCUAAUCCUUACUUGCUCCGGUGCUUGGAGAAAGAAGAGAUAGACCGUGUCGAGACAUCUUAUCUUAAGCAUGGCCCACCAAUUGCUAACACUUCGUUUGAAUGCUCUUCAAUCAUGUGUGGCAACUGGAAUUAUGUUGGAGAGACUUUGGUCUUCAUGCCGGAGUUGAUAUGGCAAAGUAACAUCAUCGCUCAUUUCAAGGAGAGAGCAAUGAUAUUGAUUCUGGGCAACGGAUUAAGGAUGGUAAUUCGGUAUGAUACAAUAGAACUUCUCACCACCGAUGACGGCCAUUACCCAGGAAUUACUGCGACACUUCACCAAUCUCCUCACUUUUUCAGAUCUCCCCCCCAAGAAGAUCUCCUAUUGCAAAUAACUUACAUGUUGAGCAAUGCGAACCUCAGAAACGGCAGCAGGCCUCAGCCAAGAAGAUCUCGAGUCGCUGGUUUUGACGAGAGGCACAAGGAGAUUGCGGGUAGCUCUCUUGUGUAUCGCUGUACAUUCAAAAAUGUAAACGGAUUCUCAUCGGAUAUCGAGCAAAAAAUAGAGUCAUUGAAGAAUGCUCGUGGGAUUCCUCCAAUGAUUCAUCAUUCUGCUUCAAUCAUUAGUCCUAGAGAAUCUCAUAUUAUCGGACUCAGAAAACUUUAUGAAGCUUUAGAGAGUUUCAAUAACGAACUACCAUUCCCAUUGACAUUUCAAAUCCAAAAGCUAGCCCAAAACGGAUACCUUUCUCCUCGUCAAAUAAUCGAUCUUCUACCGACCUUCACAUCAAUUUUUGAAAGAACUACUCUUCCAAUUUGCGUCACGGCGAUGAGGAGGCUGGUUUUGCAGAUCCCGUACCCUGGACCUAAUGUCAAAGCGGAAGAUUUCGACAAAAACGCCAUCAUUGAACUGCUUUUGGAAGUUGAGAAGGCUUCGACUCGAGAGGCUCUGUACGCCGAAGGAUUUGGAGGCACAGCCUCUCAGAAUACUGCUUUGAUUCAUCGGGUUACCAUUACUCCUGCCGGGUUUUAUCUAGAUGGCCCUGAGCCUGAGAGUAAUAAUCGCAUACUCCGUAAAUAUGCUGGCAACCAUAGUAACUUUGUACGUGUGACCUUCUGCGAUGAAGAUGGCGAUAGACUUCAAUAUGCAUCAAAUGCCUCUAACGACGAGAUUUAUGACGGAGUUUUCAGGAAGGUUCUGCAAGAUGGCUUUUCAAUCGGAAAACAGAAAUAUGAGUAUCUAGGAUCAUCACAUUCUUCUCUUCGUACACAAUCUUGUUGGUUUGUGGCACCUUUCACGCAAAAUGAUAUAUAUUAUGAUGCUCUGCACAUCACUCAAGACUUAGGCCGGUUUGGAGAUAUUCGCUCUCCGGCCAAAUGUGCAGCACGAAUCGGACAGGCAUUCUCUGAUACACCAAACACUCUCACUCUUGAUGAAACUGUCACAGUAGAAACAGUUGCUGACAUCGAACGAAAUGGCAGAGUCUUCAGCGAUGGAGUGGGCACCAUGUCGGAGAAAUUGAUGGAGAAGAUAUGGGAUAGACUACCGGACAAAUACCUUGUGAAGCCGACUUGUUUUCAAAUUCGUUAUCGAGGCGCGAAAGGAAUGAUUUCUCUGGAUAGCCGUCUCCCAGGCGUUCAAUUACGACUCAGAGAAUCUAUGAUUAAAUUUGAAGGAUCGACUUCGAAUGAUCUUGAAAUAUGCGGCGGUGCAUACAAGCCCCUCCCUAUGUAUCUUAAUCGACAAUUCAUUAAAAUCCUGGAAGACUUAGGAGUGGAGCCCGAAUACUUUAUGAGGCUCCAAGCAAAGGAAGUUUCACGAUUGAGAGAGAUUACAGCCAGUGCAUACAAUGCAUCGACAUUUCUUCAAAGUAAAAGAGUCGGAGAUGUUGUUCUUCUGCCACAACUUAUUGAACACUGCUCUGCUUUAGAUUUGGACUUCAGAAAUGAUUUGUUUUUACGGGAUAUUCUCGAAAUGACAGUCUUGAUUGAGCUUCGUACUUUGAAGCACAAGGCUAGAAUACCCGUUGAGAGAGGUUAUCAUCUACAUGGAAUCAUGGAUGAAACUGGAAUUCUGGAGGAAGGCGAAAUUUAUUGUUGUUGGAUUGAGGAUGGAAAGCGCACCACUCUAGUCGGAUCGAACGUUGUUAUCACUCGUGCUCCUGCACUCCAUCCUGGAGACAUUCAAUUGGCGAAUGCCGUGAAUGUUCCAAGUGAUUCUCCGUUGAAUAGACUUUACAACUGCGUUUGUUUCAGUCAAAAAGGUGCUCGGGAUCUACCAAGUCAGUUAUCGGGUGGGGACUUAGAUGGGGAUCUCUACUAUGUUAUUUUUGAUGAAGACAUGAAAUUGAAGAGGACUGUAAAGCCCGCGGACUACUCAAGAUCGCUACCUCUAGACAUCGGCCGCCCAGUCAAACAAGAAGACAUGGCAGACUUUUUCUUGACUUUCAUGAAGACGGACCAACUUGGUGUUAUAUCCAAUAGACAUCAAGUGUAUGCAGACCAAGAUGUGAUGGGAACCGAGUGUUCCGAUUGCCUUAAAUUGGCGGAGCUUUGCUCUACUGCAGUUGAUUAUUCUAAAACAGGUAUCCCGCCUAAACUCAAUGACCCAAGUGUACCCAGGCAUAGUCUCUGGCGUCCAGAUUUUAUGGCACCAGGCCCUCAUGUCAAAAUCUCUCAUCGGCCUGAUGAUCGUCUGGGAUUCGCGGAAAAGUAUAUUCCAAUUGAAGUAAUGGACGAAGAGGACGAAGUCACGAAUAUCAAGUACUAUGAGAGUAAAAAAGCUUGCGGGCAGCUUUACCGUGCAAUUGAUGAGCGAAAAGUCUUCGAGGAUAUUCAAAAGCUGAACGUUCAAGCUAACGAUAGCCCUGAUGUCAUACAGCACAUGUGGGAAUUCGUUAAGUCUCGUUCCCAGGGCAUUCAAUGGCAACAUUUGCGCAAAGAUGCCCUAGAGAUUCAGGAAAUUUACGACAACAACAUGCUAGAUAUAAUGCACCAGUAUAGUGAGCAUCCAACUCGCCCCAUCAGCGAGCGCGAGGUAUUUGUCGGCAACAUUCUCGGAAAAGUUGGAUCUGUGAGCAAAAAGCAAAGAGAGCUAUGCAUCAGCAUGAAAGAGAAAUACGACGAAACCGCGGUAUUUAUCAUUAAUUGUAUCAUCAAGGUCGAUGAUGAGUAUUCGGAGGAGGCUCUCGAGAGAAGCAUUGCUUGUUUUGCAGUUUCUUUAGAUGAUAGAAAGAGAAGAGGUGCUCGAGAAGAACCUCUAAAGAGCUUCAGAUAUUUAGCUGCGGGUGUGUGCUUGAGGGAAAUGGAGAGAGUACCUGGUCUUCUUCCAAAUAGUUGGCAGGGAUAGGGUUAGCGAUUUAUUGUUCGUAAGAACUUGAUACAGCAGUUUUCUUUGACAAGGAUAAGUUGUUAUUGCACCAGAAUUCAUCUGAAUGGAGUGGCGGAGCGUGAUGUGUUUCUAAUUAUCUGACGUUUUCCGGUCUUGUUCCCUUUUUCAAUGGGUUCUGCUUAAUUAAACCGUGUUAGCCUUUUAUUUCGUGGUAAAUUUUAGCGAGUGGGAGCUUCA